GAAGCUUUUGUGAGGAAAGAGUGUAUGCAAUAUUAUCGAAAUAACUGAUUUUUGUUGCAAACUGUUUUUCUUUGGCAUUUUGGAUUAAAAUAUUGUUUUAGAGGGCAUAUGCAGUAGAUAUAUGUACUGAAAUAGUGAAAUUUUGCAAACUUUGAUUUUGUCGUUACCUCUCAUUUUUUACAUUUUGAUUAAACUUUUGUGGGAGACCGUCGGUAUGCGAAGGACCAAAAUAAGAGAUUUUAGUAUUAUUUAGAAUUUGUAUUUUGUGUUGCAAAAUUGGUGCAAAAAUUGACAUAAAAUGAACUUAUAUACAGAUUGAUUGCUGUUGUUUGACUCAUUAUGACUUAUAUAUAUAUUUUAUGAAAAUUUGUGACAGAAUACUAUGUGAGAUUUGAAAUUUUGUUUACUUUAUUGAUGGUAAAACAGCAUGCAAAUUGCUAAAAGGACUUUAUUAAUUUUAGGUUUAAACACCGUUAUUUUGUUGGCAUUUUGUCUAAAGUUUGGUGAGGAGGGACUGUAUGCAAUAUAUCAAAUAAUGUUUUAUUGCAUUAUAAUUUGUCCUUGCAAAUCCCUUUUUUUACACCUUAGAUAAAAAAUUCUGUCAGAGGCACAAUUUAUUGUUUAUUUUUCACAUUGUGUGUCAACCUUUGGCAGGGUUUGCAAUAAACUAACUGAUUUUAACAUAUACAAUGAGAGAUUUGUGUUUGACAUUGAUCAGCUUUUUUGUAUAUAUGUGGCGUUUUAAGUGAUUUAAAUUUUAUGGGUGAGAUGUAUGUUGAAAUGCUUUUGGAAACUUCUUUCCGAAUAAUUUUCGCAUUUGUCAGAUGGUCAGAGCAAGUAAUUUUAGUAGAUUUAGAUUUUAAAUGUCACAUAAAUACUGCAGUUGUUGAAAACCUUUAAUUUUUUUGGUCAUUUAUAUAAUAAUGCAGAUGUAAGAUGUGCACUGCUGUAUUGUUUGUUUUUUGAUGGACAUAUAUCUGCUACAUAAAUUAAAUGGAAUACAGUGGAUUCUUCCACGGGAAACAGCUAGUUUAAUAUUAUUAUAUGUUGGUUAUUUGUAUUAAUAUUAUUUUGUGUUGAUAUCAGCAUAUGAUUUAGUUUUUACUUGUUUUUGGGAUGAAGGUGGUGGUGGAAAUGGUGAAAGGGGUGCUUUUGGGGGUAAAGGUGUGGAAAGAGCGAAAACCUGAUUAUAAUCACUCCAUACUACUACUCUUACCGUGGUUACAAGAUGUUUGGCGGAACGUCGCCAGAUUCGUCCAAACAUUUUCAGUCACAUCUGCGCAUAGUCGAACCUUUAUAAUAAAUUAAAGAAUGUUCGGACAAGAUGUACAAAUCAACCACGGUACUCUCUGGACUUUGUGGUAGCUUUUACCUCUGAAAUGAUUGACCUCUGAAUGACACACACACACUGAGUAUUUAUCAGAUGGGCGCUCCAAAGCAUUUUUUUAUUUUUUCCUAUUUAGGCGCACUUUCAAAUUUUGAAGACAAAAAGCAACAUGGCGCACGACCAAAACAUAUCUGACACCAGGGCAGAACUUGCUGACUUAUUAAAAAAGAAAGAAGAACUGGCACUUAGUUUGGCAAAUCUGGAAAGGCAAGUAUAUGCAUUUGAAGGAAGUUAUUUAGAAGAUACUCAAUUAUAUGGCAAUAUUAUAAGAGGAUGGGAUAGAUUGCUGUCACAAAAAACUGGCGGACCUAACCAGAAAAUUGAGAAAAGAAAUCGCAAAUUUAAGGAAUCUGAACGAUUGUUUUCAAAAUCAUCUAUAACUUCAGCAGCUGCUGUGGCGGGUAUGGGAAUAGCGCAGCAAGAAGACAAAAAAGAUAAUUUUCAACUGGACAAUGCACUGCAUCACACACAUUCAGAACAUUCAGGUAAAAUCAUGAAAGGCCAUCAUCACAGAAAGAAGAAGGGUAGUAAACACAGAAUCGAACUGAAGUUGAAAAAAGGUUUAAGUAAAAAUCGAGACAUCGACGUAGAUGGUGACGAUGCUUACUCGAACUAAUGAGAUGGAUUGAAAUAUUUUUCUAUGUAAUGUAUGACAUGUAAAUAAAUAUUAUGAUUAAUAUACCGUCUUUAGAACUAAA